CUCAAGACUUAACGACCAUUUAUGAAAAUGCACAAUGCAACCAAUAUAUUGCCAAAGCAUUAAUUGACCGAACUAAGACUGCGGAAUGUUUCUUAGAUAUAUUAUCUAGAAGUGAAGAACAUGAAGCUAUCACUAAGAUUAUUGUUCAAGAAAAGGUUGAAAUUUAUGAAAACACAAAAUGUACCGAAUAUACCUGUCAAAUACUUUCUAAAAGUGAAAGUAACCCAGCUUUUUCAGAAAAAAAUUUCUAUCUUGCCACUCAGAGGUUCAAAAAUACGUUAAAUCAGGCCAAGAGUUUUGCAGAAGAAGUAACCAAAUUUAAGGGAAUUAAAAAAUAUUGGAAUGCUAAUUAUGCGAGAAAAAAGUUUGAUAAGUUAAUGAAAGAAUAUGAUAGUUACAUGGGUGAUUUGAAUACUACCAUAACAAUAACAAACGCAGUUCAGCACAUGAUCGAUAUGAAGAUAGUUAUAAAACAAUUUGAAAAUCUUGAUAAAUUUCUUAAAAAUAACAAAAAGAGUACUGACAAUAUAACUAUUCAGGAAUCAUCUUGUAAUCAUAACCAAUCAUUGACUGUCAUUGAUCCUGAUGACUUAAGUGAUCCUGCCAUUAUAGGAAAAAAAAACUCCAGUAGUUCCGUUUUUAAAAAGUUAUACAAAAAAAAUAUUGAUGUAGCAUGUAAACCAUGUAAAAAAGGCC